UCGGGGUUUGUCCGCCUCUCCACACCGAGGCUCCACACCGAGACGGUCGGUCGGCCGCACUCGCUCGGCGGCGGCCCCGGAGACCACGCUCGCGUCCGGCGGUCCCCAGCCGGAAGUGCACUCUGCUCCCGCCCCCGCCGGCGGAUCCGGAAGUGGGGGUCGGCAGCGGCGCGCCGCCCUUGGCGGGGCCCCCCGGGCACGAUGCUUCGCGGCGCGCGCAGCCGCCUCCCGGCCUCGGUAGCGCCCGCCGCGGUCCUGGCUGCGGCGCUGCUCUCGUCGUUCGCGCGCUGCUCUCUCCCCGGGCGCGGCGACCCGGUGGCUUCGGUGCUCAGCCCCUACUUCGGCACGAAGACACGCUACGAAGAUGUCAACCCCUGGCUGCUGGUCGACCCGGUGGCGCCGCGGCGGGACCCGGAGCUGCUGGCGGGGACCUGCACCCCGGUGCAGCUGGUCGCCCUCAUCCGCCACGGCACCCGCUACCCUACGACCAAGCAGAUCCGCAAGCUGACUCAGCUGCAGGGACUGCUGCAGACCCGCGGGUCCGGGGAUGGCGGGAGCCCAGUGGCCGCCGCGCUGGCCGAGUGGCCGCUGUGGUACGGUGACUGGAUGGACGGGCAGCUGGUGGAGAAGGGGCGGCAGGACAUGCGACAGCUGGCCCUGCGUCUGGCCGCCCUCUUCCCAGACCUCUUCAGCCGGGAGAACUACGGCCGCCUGCGGCUGGUCACCAGCUCCAAGCACCGCUGUGUGGACAGCAGCGCCGCCUUCCUCCAAGGGUUGUGGCAGCAUUACCACCCAGGACUGCCACCUCCGGACGUCUCAGAUAUGGAGUGUGACCCUCCAAGAAUUAAUGAUAAACUAAUGAGGUUCUUUGAUCAUUGUGAGAAGUUUUUAACUGAUGUGGAAAGAAAUGCUACAGCUCUUCAUCAUGUGGAAGCCUUCAAAACUGGACCAGAAAUGCAGAAGGUUUUAAAGAAAGUUGCAGCUACUUUGCAAGUGCCCGUGAACAAUUUAAAUGCAGGUCUCAGCCAGUCUCUUCUCCAGUCAUCCUCCAGUUUGGUCAUGCGGAGACGCUCCUACCGCUGCUCUCCCUCAUGGGCUACUUCAAGGACAAGGAGCCCCUGA